AUGAUCUUGCUCGUCAAUAGCGCCAACUGCCAAGUAGCAGGCUUCGCUGCUGCCACCAUCGGAUGGCUCCUUUCUACCACCUCCAUGGGCCUCGUGGAGUGGCGACUGUGGCAUAUAAGCCACGCCCCACCCUUACUCUCCAGCCUGGUCUGCGUGGGAAUGUGGAGAGUCUGCAUUCACUACCAUGACAGCAACAAGGCCAUAUUUUGUUACCAUUAUACCUACCAUGACACCUUUCUCCCUCUUGAUAUUUGUGUUUCACAAAACCUCCUGCUGGUAGCCACCAUUCUAGGGCUCUUGGGGAAAGCCUGCAUCAUCUUUGCAAUUAGGAACCUGUACAUGGGAAUUCUUCGGAAGACUGCCACCUGCAAUCCAUUCAUUGCUUCAGGAAUUCUGUACUUGUCUGCCAGUGUCUGUAUCUCAGUCGCUGUGAUCUGGAAUUACCAUUCUGUAAGGAAUGAACAGGGUAUUCACUUCCCUUCAUCUUUCUACGUGCCCUUCAAGCCAGACACUCAGGAGAUUGGGAGUGCCUUUCUGGUGGCCGCCCUUGCUGCCUUCCUGAUGUUGUUAAGUGGAUUUAUUUUCCUUUCUUAUAGAGUUCCCCUGGACAGCCAGGUGCAUCCUGAGAUUGCAGAGAUAUAA